AUGAACGCAUUCGUCAAGCCUCUUUCUUCCUCAAUCCCGCCUAUCCCUGCUAGCAUUACACAGCCUUUGCUAUCCUCAGGCCAACAUCCGCAGGAAACAUUCCUUACUCUCCCAGCAGCGACCCCUCCACAUCAUCUUGUGGAAUCAACUCUGCCUCAUCCGAAUGUCCAAGAUCUAUCCAGUUUCAAGCCUAGCAUCACUUCACUCAUCAAGCUUGUUCUAAAAACCUAUUUAUCCUCUCGUAAACAGCAGUAUAUCACCGUAACACUUGUGCUCCUUGACCUCCUUCGAUCUGUCGCAGGAGUUGCUGUGAACAUCAACUUGAACCAGGAUAUUCAUGACGUUUAUGAGCCACCUCCGAUUUUGAACGCUGUACGUAGCGCAAUUGGGAUCCUGGGUUUGAUAUUUUCAAAUAUUUUUUCUUUCGAACUUCUCACCAGUGUGUGGGCAUUCGGAUGGAGAUACUUUUUAGUUCCCGCUCAUGUGGUCGACGCGCUCGUCAUUUUUACAAACGCUAUCGCUUCACUGUUGCCUAAUGGGCCAUUACAACAGGCUGCCUCACUGACAAUGAUACUACGCCUGUGGCGUCUUUUCAAAAAUUAUGGUCCUAUGUUUCUAGAUUCAGCUUCAAUACCACUACUGAGAGAAAUCGAAGAAGAAACUACUGGCCGGUUUCAUAUACCGUCCACAGAUUGCCUUUUACCCAAAAAUAAAAACACAGGACUGGACAUAGAAAACCUACCACAUCGUCUUGAAUGA